AUAUUUACCAUUUUUCAUAGUGAUGCUGUUGAGUUGUAUAAUGUAACCACAGAUCUGGAAAAAGUCUGUAGGCAACUGCAUGAUCCUUCAGUAGGGCUCAGUGAUAUUUCUAUCACUUUAUUUUCUGCCUUUAAACCAAUGCUAGCUGCUAUUGCAAAUAUUCAGCACAUAGAGAAGGACAUGAAACAUCAGAGUUUCUACAUCGAAACCAAGUUAGAUGGUGAGCGUAUGCAAAUGCACAAAGAUGGGGAUGUGUAUAAGUUCUUCUCCCGAAAUGGAUUUGACCACUAUACUGAUCAUUUUGGUGCAUCGCCACGUGAAGGUUCUUUAACACCAUUCAUUCAUAAUGCAUUCAAAAUAGAUUUACAAAACUGUAUCCUUGAUGGUGAGAUGAUGGCCUAUAACCCUGAUACCCAAACUUUUAUGCAAAAAGGGAAUAAGUUUGAUAUUAAAAGAAUGGUAGAAGAUUCUGAUCUACAAACUUGUUAUUGUGUUUUUGACAUAUUGAUGGUUAAUAAUAAAAAACUAGGACAUGAGACCCUGAAAAAGAGGUAUGAAAUUCUUAAUAGUAUUUUUACACCAAUACCAGGUAGAAUCGAAAUAGUGCAGAAAACACAGGCUCAUACUAAGAAAGAAGUAAUUGAUGCUUUGAAUGAAGCCAUAGAUAAAAGAGAAGAGGGAAUUAUGGUAAAAUAUCCUCUGUCCAUUUACAAGCCAGACAAAAGAGGUGAAGGAUGGCUAAAAAUUAAACCAGAGUAUGUAAGUGGACUAAUGGAUGAACUGGACAUCUUAAUUGUUGGAGGCUAUUGGGGCAAAGGUUCACGGGGUGGAAUGAUGUCCCACUUUUUGUGUGCAGUGGCAGAGAAGCCCCCUCCUGGUGAAAAACCGUCUGUUUUUCAUACUCUCUGUCGUGUUGGCUCAGGUUACACCAUGAAAGAACUGUAUGAUCUGGGCUUGAAAUUGGCCAAACAUUGGAAGCCUUUUCAUAAAAAAGCUCCACCAAGUAGCCUUUUAUGUGGAACAGAGAAGCCAGAAGUGUACAUUGAACCUUGUAAUUCUGUCAUUGUUCAGGUUAAGGCAGCAGAGAUUGUCCCUAGUGAUAUGUAUAAAACUGACUGCACCUUGCGUUUUCCACGAAUUGAAAAGAUAAGGGAAGACAAAGAAUGGCAUGAAUGCAUGACUCUGGAUGACUUAGAACAACUUAGGGGAAAAGCAUCUGGAAAGCUUGCUUCUAAACACCUUUGUAUAGGUGGUGAUGAUGAACCACAGGAAAAAAAGCGGAAAGUUGCCCCAAAGAUUAAGAAAGUUAUUGGAAUUAUUGAACAUUUAAAAGCACCUAAUCUUUCUAACAUAAGCAAAGUUUCUAAUAUAUUUGAAGAUGUGGAGUUUUGUGUUAUGAGUGGAAUAGACAGCCAUCCAAAGCCUGAUCUGGAGAACAGAAUUGCAGAACUUGGUGGUUACAUAGUACAAAAUCCAGGCCCAGACACGUACUGCAUAAUUGCAGGGUCUGAGAACAUCAGAGUGAAAAACAUCAUUUCUUCAAAUAAACAUGAUGUUGUAAAGCCUGAUUGGCUUUUAGAGUGUUUUAAGACCAAGAGCUGUGUGCCAUGGCAGCCUCGCUUUAUGAUUCAUAUGUGUCCAUCAACAAAACAACAUUUUGCUCGUGAGUAUGAUUGCUAUGGUGAUAGUUAUUUUGUUGAUACAGACUUGAACCAACUGAAGGAAGUGUUCUCAGGAAUAAAAAAUUCCAAUGAACAGACUUUUGAAGAAAUGUCUUCUGUGAUUGCUGAUUUAGAAUAUCGAUAUUCCUGGGACAGCUCUCCUCUUAGUAUGUUUCGGCGCUACACCAUUUAUUUGGACAUGUAUGCUUUUAUUAAUGACUUGAGUACCAAAAUUGAAGGAACAAGAUUAGCUAUUAAAGCCUUGGAGCUUCGAUUUCAUGGAGCAAAAAUAGUUUCUUAUUUAGCUGAGGGAGUAUCUCAUGUAAUUGUUGGAGAAGAUCAUAGUCGUAUUGCAGAUCUGAAAGCUUUUCGGAGAACUCUUAAGAGAAAAUUUAAAAUCCUGCAUGAAGGUUGGGUAACUGACUCAAUAGACAAGUGUGAACUACAGGAGGAAAAUCAAUAUUUGAUUUAAAGCUAGCUUUCCUAGUGAGCAGAUCCUCUGAUUCAUCUGGCAAACUCACUGCAGUAUUUGGUAAUCAUAAAAUAUUAAACCUCAUUUAAUUCUAUUUCUCUGAUCAUCUAUCCUGUAUGGCAUUAUUAAAUAAGGGAAAACAAUAAUUUUAAGUUUUGGGAUUGAAAAGACACUAAAUGGCCCAA